UUGCUCUCGCUGGACACACCAUAUGGUAUCGCUCUACUGCGUCGGCUGGGGGAAGAAAAUAAAAAUUUCGCAACAAGUGCUUGAAGUGACUCCAUCAUGUUGGUGACCACGGUACUGCUAACUGUGCUGCUGGCCUUAUUUGGCUAUGUGAUCCACUCGUUACGUCAACAUUAUUCAUAUUGGAAGAAUUUGAAUAUAGCCCAUGAUCGGCCGCAUUGGUUAAUGGGCAAUUUCGAUGGUUCAACGAUUCACAAAUCAGUGGCCCAAUGCGUUCAAGAUUUGUACGAUAAAUAUCGUCACACUGGGCCAUUUGUGGGCAUGUAUUGGUUUACCAAAAUCUCAGUUUUGGUAGUGGAACCCAGCCUAAUGAAACAUAUACUAAUCAAAGAUUUCUCCAAAUUCACCGAUCGUGGCAUGUUUAAUAAUCCCAAAGAUGAUCCAUUGACGGGGACACUUUUUAAUCUGGAUGGCCAUAAGUGGCGCAGCAUGCGUAAUAAACUAUCGCCCACCUUUACAUCGGGAAAAAUGAAAAUAAUGUUUCCCUUGGUCAAUCAAAUAGGCCAAGAAUUGGUCAAGGUGCUGGACAAGAGUCUGGAUAACAGUGACAUUAUCGAGGUGUGGGAUCUAAUGGCCCGCUUUGCCUCUGAUGUUAUAGGCUCAUGUGCCUUUGGCAUUGAGACCAGCAGUUUGAAAAAUCCCAAAUCUGAAUUUCGCAUUAUGGGACGUAGAGCUCUCACCGAACAUCGUCUGGGCAUUUUGGGUGUGGGCUUCCGUUUGAAUUUCCCCGAAGUGGCCAGGAAAUUGCACAUGAAAGAAACCAUACCCGAGGUUGAGGACUACUUCUUAGGCCUAGCCCGUGAAGCGGUGGACUAUCGCGAGAAGAAUAACAUUAAACGUAAUGACUUUAUGGAUAUGUUGCUAGAGUUGAAGAAUAAUAAGCUGAUGAAAAGUGAAUCUGGCGAGGAGUUCACCAAUUUGUCUUUUGGAGAAAUUGCUGCGCAGGCCUUUGUGUUCUUGGUGGCUGGCUUUGAGACAUCAUCCACUACCAUGGCCUUUAUAAUGUAUGAGCUGGCCCGCAAUGAAGAAAUACAGGCAAAGGCCAGAGCUGAAGUGCUGGAGGUAUUGCAGAAGCAUAAUCAAGAGUUUACAUACGAGUGCAUGAAGGAAAUGAUGUAUUUGGAACAAAUAUUGAAUGAAACUCUGCGUCUACACUCCGUUAUACCCUUCCUGCAUCGUCAAGCCUUGGAGGAUUUCGUUGUGCCCGGUCAUCCCAAUUAUGUCAUUAAGAAGGGCAUGUAUGCCAUCAUGCCCACCAGUGCCAUUCAUCAUGAUGAGCGUUAUUAUCCACAACCUCAUACCUUUAAUCCGGAUAACUUUUCCCAUGAGAAAGUGGCAGAACGUGACUCUGUUCUCCAUAUGCCCUUUGGAGAUGGUCCUCGUAAUUGCAUUGGCUUAAGGUUUGGCAAAAUGCAAGUAAUUGUUGGUAUGGCCUUACUUUUGAAAAAUUUCAAAUUUUCCAUCUGUGAUGAAACUCCUAUACCCAUGAAAUAUAGCAUAAAAGGUAUUUUAACAUGUCCAGAAACUGGAAUACCUUUAAAGGUUGUGAAAAUAUAAAAAAUUAAAUAAAAAACUGAAGUGAA